UUCUCCCCCCGCCAAUAUUGCCAGUGGGGGCUCUUGGGGGGGGAGCUCUGAAGGAGGCCAUGUGGUUGCAGGCCUCUGCCGGACGCAGCCAUGUCGGAGGCCCCCCGGCCCCCCCUCCCCGACCAGGGCGCCGACGACGGGAAGGAGAAAGGCAGCCCCGCCGCCCCCGCCGCCUGGUCCGCCAACGGCAACGGCCAAGAGGAGCCUUUCCGGAUUGUUGUCUUUGACCAGGAGAACUUCCAGGGAGAACAGAGGGAAUUCACUGCCGAGUGCCUGGACCUCGGGGGCCACGGGUUCGAGAGGGUGCGGAGCGUCAUUGUCACCUCUGGACCCUGGGUGGCCUUCGAGCAAGCCAACCUGCGCGGGGAGAUGUACGUGCUGGAGCGAGGCGAGUAUCCGCGCUGGGACACCUGGUCCAGCAGCUGCCGCAGUGACUGCUUCCGCUCCAUGAGGCCGGUCCAGAUGGACGCCCAGGAGCAAAAGAUCCUCCUCUUUGAAAGCACCAAGUUCAAGGGGAACAAAGUGGAAAUCCAGGAGGACGACGUGCCCAGUCUCUGGGCCCACGGCUUCUGUGGCCGCGUGGGGAGCGUGAAGGUGCCCGGAGGAAUCUGGGUGGGGUACCAGUACCCAGGCUACCGGGGCUACCAGUACCUCUUUGAGCGAGGCGACUUCCAGCACUGGAAUGACUGGUCCGCCUUCCAGCCGCAGCUCCAGUCCGUCCGCCGCGUCCGGGACAUGCACUGGGGCCCCAAAGGCUGCUUCGUCUGGGCCCCCGAGAGCCGCUGAGCGCUGGGGAGGAUGGCCUCCCACGGACUGAAG